CCAUACAAAAAAACACAAACAAAUCUUAGGGAGAAAAAGCUCAAGGAAUGGUAGCGAGUCUACGUAUUGCUGCUCCGUUUGACGACUACUGAUUACAUCGGAUCCUUUCGAGUAGCGAUCGACUCCUGGCGUUUGGAAACUAACAUCUACCUGUCUGAAAGGUGAAAGUUAAUCGCAAGUUUUCUCAUCUUAAGUGCACUAUUUUUUUUGACGGCAAGUUGCAUCGGGGAGUAUAAGUGUGACAUCAUGGCGGAUUCGAAACCCAUGAUGGUUUUAUUUGACAACCGGGACCGCUGCUUCAAGGCGUAUGAGAUUUACCUUGUGUAUUCUGCCAAGUACGAACAUCAGGACACUUGGACCAAGACGGUGCUACUCGACAAGAUCGUCCCUCAUCUCCCAAACUUAAACCAAGACAAUGAGCUCCGUGUCUUAGGAGUAGGCAGUGGAUCUGGGGAAGUGGACUUUCCAUUUUUGACGGCACUACUGAAGAAAUAUCCGAUCAUCACUAACCGUGUAGUUGAACCAGAUGAAGGUCAAAUUAUAAAGUACAAGGCAUUGGUUCAAACCAAGGGACACGAACUACAAGGUGUAAAGUUUGAUUGGCGACAGCAAACCCUUGAACAAUACAGAGAUACUGACGGAGUUGGAACCAAGUUUCAUUUCAUCAGCGCUAUUCACUCCCUGUACGACGUGGAUGACAUAGACAGUUCCUUGAUGUAUCUGUACGAUCUCCUGGAACCUGGUGGCAUAAUGAUUUCGAUUCUCUUAUCAGACCAAUGUGGCUUGUGGAAGUUUAGGUCUCGUAUGCCCGACAUGUUGAAACAUGGUCUGCGUGAGUCUAGCUUAGCUGAUCUGCUUAGCUCGUUCGAUCGCCAUGACAUCCCUUAUGCCCUGAGUCGAUACACUUCUGAAAUGGAUAUCACCAAAUGCUUUGACGAGACAUCUGAGGAUGGGGAUCUCUUGCUUGAUUUCUCUCUUCAAGUGAGCGAAUUCAAGAAGACGGCAUCAGCGACCAAGUAUAAGGAGGUGAUAGAGUACAUGGCCAGCAGUGAGUGCUCUAAGAAAGACGGGAGUAAAAUCCUCAUGAGUAAUGAGUGGGAGGCAGUUAUCGUUACGAAGCCGUCUAAUUAAAGGCCCUGUACACGUUUGCUAAUUGUCAAAGACCAGUGUUCUCACUUGGUGUAUCCCACCGUAAGCAUAAAAUAACAAGCAUGUGGAAA